AUGAUACACUGUGGAAAGAAACAUAUUUGUGCUGUUGUUACAUUUGUUUUUAUUUUUGCAAGCGUUUUAAUCUGCUCCUGGAAAGAUCCUCGGCUACAGAACAGCAUAACUAGAAAAAUCUUCCCCCCUGCAACAACUGCCAGCCCAGCAGGUCAGCUUUGCAGGGGCAAACCUGCUCAGAAUGUAAUAACACCAUUAGAAGACAACCGGACUUUUAUUAUAUCCCCCUACUUUGACGACAGAGAAAGCAAAGUCACCCGUGUGAUUGGGAUUGUUCACCAUGAAGACGUGAAGCAGCUCUACUGCUGGUUCUGCUGCCAGCCCGACGGGCAGGUAUACGUAUCCAAAGCAAGAAUUGACGUUCACUCAGACAGGUUUGGAUUCCCGUACGGUGCAACAGACAUAGUUUGUUUGGAACCCCAAACCUGCGAUCCGACACACGUAUCCAUCCAUCAGUCUCCGCAUGGAAAUGUCGAGCAGCUGCCCGUGUUUGAAAUCAAGAACCGCAAGGCUGAGGGCUUUUCUGUUGACUUCACCGUGUGCAUCUCGACCAUGUUCGGGAACUACAACAACGUCUUGCAGUUCAUCCAGAGCGUGGAGAUGUACAAGAUUCUUGGGGCGCAGAAAGUGGUGAUCUAUAAGAACAACUGCAGCCAUCUGCUGUUUGAUGGGGAAGAAGGAACGGUGGAGAUCAUUCCCUGGCCAAUAAACUCACACCUCAGGGUUUCUUCUAAAUGGCACUUUUCGAUGGAUGCAAAAGACAUCGGCUACUAUGGA